CAGUGUUCCAGUCUGGUUUGUCUUCUGCACACAUGUGGACUCACACUGAUCGUCCCUGCACGUGCAGCUCGUCAGACAUGUUUUUAAUAGAGAGGAGAUUCACUGUUGUUUUGAAUCUGCACUGAUGGGGACAAGUCAUCACAGAAAGACGAACCCUGCACUGAUGGCUGAAGCUAAUCGAAGCUAAUCGAAGCUAAUCUUCAGUAAAGCUAAAUAAGUAGCUGACAAGAAGAAUCUCGUUUUUCAAAGGAGUCGGUACCAUGGACGGAGGGCUUCCCGGGCUCAGGCAGAACACACCUGGUGCUGGUGGUGUGACACAAGAAAUAAAGGUCCCCCCCGCGCCUUUCAACAUGAACCAAAACCCUGCAGUGGUUCUGCCCCUGCUCUCUGAGAAUCAGAUGCUUGUGUGGGUGCACCUGAACCAGAUCGACCUACAGCUGGACUGUGUAGCAGAGCUCGACAAGGCCUUUGACGUCUUCCCGUAUCUAACACAGAAACAGACGGCUGUGCUGGCGCGGCGCUGCUCCCUGCACCCAGACCAGGUGAAGGAGUGGUUCAUGGCACAGAGGCUCCGCUACGGCAUUAGCUGGGACUGUGAAGACAUCCAGGAGGUUCAGAGGAAGUUCAGUCAGAUUCGGGGAAAGAAAGAGCUGCAAACCCAAACUACCCAAAACAGGAUGCGGGAAGAGGUGAAAGAGGAGACAAGUGAGAAGAAGGAACAGAAGAGAGGGGUAAAACAAUCUGGAAGGAAGAAGGCGGGAAAGGUCCCGGAGAGCUCAGAACUGGGAGGAAAUGGGAGGGCUAUUGAGCGACUGGAGAGCAAAAUGAUGCAGGAGCUCCCAAAGAACAAAGAGGAGGACAGUGAAGUGGAGACACCUGUGUACGUCAGAGAGAAUACUCAGAAAAGGCGCAAAAGGAAUGCCGUGCCAAACAAGAUUGAAGAGACGAUGGAAGACAAUGACGGUGUCCUGAAGAGAGACAGAGAGGGCGAGUCAGAGACCACAUUUUUAACCAGAGAGAAGAGGGCCACGCUGCGGUUGGCUUUCUCUGCCUGCCAGUAUCCUAACGGAAGUGACUACGAACGCCUGGUGAGGACGAUCUGCAUCCCGCGGCAAACGUUGGUGCAGUGGUUCAGCGACACGCGCUAUUACAUAAAGAAGGUAAAGCCACGCUGGAUGAAGCAGGAGCAGCACAGCCAGGCGGUGGCCAACAUCAGGUACCGGCAGUGCCUGAAGGAGCUGGCAAAGGAGCAGCUGAGACCAAGGAAACGCAACUUCGAAGAGGAAGCUUGAGAGGAAGUAGAAAAUGUGCAUUCAGAUAAGAAAUGGUGCCUCCGCCUCUGCAGCCAAAAGAACCGGAAAUGUUGAUAACCAGUUGCCAUGUUGGAUGUUGUGAAUUGGCCUGUUCUUUCAUAUGGAAGUUAUUGUUGUUAUACUGUCGUUAGUUGUUGAUUAGUGUGUAAACAGGCAUGUACAGCAUAGUCGUUUUAUAGUAGUUAUAUAUAUAUAAAGUUAUAUAGUCGUGUCCCACUGUGAUGUGCAGAGGUUUUUAUUCUCAUUCAAGUUAAAACACUUUCAUUGAUUGAACACGACUCGUUUUAUCAUUUUUAAAACAUUAACAAACAAAGUUAGUCAUCUUUUUUUUAACUAAUUACAUGAAUAUUUUACAGGAGAUGAUGUUAACAAUAUGAUAAGAGUAAUAACCACAGACUGUUAGAGUGGUAAUCCCCCGGAAUCCACGUACAUAAAGUUGCGCCUAAAGAAAGCUUAGCCUUAAACUAAACAAUUGAUUGUGAAGGUUUUGCAAUUUUGUGUGUUUUAUUCUGUAUAAUAUAUACAAUUGUUCAUCACGUUGUAUAAAAGUGUCACUGUGAUAUUAACUCAAAAGAUAGUCAGGUCAUGGUUCUUCUACCCCCCCCCCCCACACCCUCUCAAGAUGGAUCAUUUAAUCAAUACAGAGAAGCUUACUCGUGAGAAAAAGGACAUUUCGGACCUCAGAUCAACAUCAGACCGCGUUGCUCUACUUCACGUGUAAAAUAGAAAAUGUCUGUCCUUGCCCCCGUCAGUUCCAGCUGGCCGUGUACUCUGCCCGCUGCGGCUGCCAGAACUCGGCGCCUUCGAUGACGCGGCGGAUCAUUGAAGCGGACGUGAUGAGCAGGUGUCCGGCGGCCUGGAGGAGGGCGGAGGCCACACGCAGGGCUUCUCUGCAAAACAGGACAGAGAACAGGGGACAUCAAAAACUGUUUUCUAGUCUAAACACCCAGGUCCAGCAUCAUUCCAUCACUUCCCUGACGGCCAGCUGCUCUCAUGUUGGACUUGGGACUGGAUUUCAAAACUCUUUCUGUCUUUUCACAUCUUCUCACUGAGAAAACUGUGGUACUUCAAAUAUAGAGUUCAAUUUUUGAAAAUGUUCUGUGUUACUUGAUAAUCUACUUCAGAGAGAAAUAUUGUACUUCAUGCUCCAGUGUAUUCAUUUGGCAGCUGUGGUACUACCACUACCCUUAACAGUAAAAGACAAAAAACAUAUUAUAUCAUAUAAAUGUGAUGCUAAC